UCACACGAGCGCUGCCGCCGCCGCCGUGACUGGCUGGCGAUCGUCAUGGGUAGCGGUAGGUACUAGUCGAUUGCGGUGACCAAGAUGGUCAACAACGGGCGGUUGGGUGGCGUAAUGCCAUCCCAUCUCUUGCUAAAUAGGUACUAAAUAGGUAGGUACUCCCAUUCCGUCGGGCUCCCCUUGGGGGGGCCCAUGAUGUGAAUCUCGGCAACUGUAUCUGGCUACGUAUCCGGCCGUCUGGGAGGUGGAGAGAGGGGGUGUUUCCGGCGAUACCACCGUAAGAAAACUCUGCUUUCUCUUCAUGACGCCCCUCCCCCCGGCCGGCCGAGAGGCCCAGCACUUGGAGUCCCUAGGGAGCCUGCUUAGCCCUGGUACCCACUUGCUUGUCAGAAGUGCUCUGGCCCUAUUGUUAUUAUCAUUUUCCCUGCUCUGGGAUCCCUCUUAAUAACCCCGUGUGGCACGUCCGCACCGACCGAUGGGCGAUCCCUUUCUCUGUACGGUAUCGUCGUUUGUCUUCUUCUCCCUCGCACGGGUUCUCGACCGUGCAUUCCUGUCCGCCCGCCUCGCUGGAGAAAAACAUCGGUUGGACAUCGACACUCGGAGCGGACGUGCCGGGAGCAAUCAUGGUCUCUUUUUCGGCUCCCCUCUGGGCGAUAGACAACUGGGGUCCGGUGGCCGACAUAGCUGCUUGGUCUAUGUUUGGGGUGCUUUUCGUGGUCGUCGGCCUGCGCAUGUACACGCGAGCAUGCAUCCUCAAGCAGAUACAUGGCGGCGGCCUUUACAUGGACGACUACAUCACAGUCGUCUGCUUCUUCAUAUUCGGCAUCAGUUGCGUCCUGGUGACCGUCGCCCACUCGUAUGGUUUGGGCCGCCGCCUCGUUGAUAUCCACCCGGCAGAAAACGUCAAAAAUGCUCUCAAAUGGAACGUCAUCAGUAGCGCUGUCCUCAUAUGGACCUUCUCGCUGCCUAAGUUUGCCGUCAUCGCCACGCUCCAGCGAAUCCUCGACUUCGGCAUCAAGACCAGGGUUGUCUUUUGGAGCCUCGCCAUCACCUCGCAAGGCUGUAUCAUGAGCGUCUCGGUCUUUUGGUUCACCCAGUGCCGCCCCAUAGCAAAGCAGUGGGAUCCAUCGGUGGACGGCGUGUGCUCCGGUACCAAGACGUUCUCGGAUCUUGGAUAUUUCGUCUCAGCUUACUCGGCCUUUCUCGACAUCUUCUUCGGUCUUUACCCGAUCCCCUUCAUCAUGCGGCUGAGCAUGCCGCUCAAGAGUCGCAUCACGGUCUCGGCCUCGCUUGGGCUCGGCGUGGUCGCAUGCAUUGUGUCCAUCUACAAGCUGAUAAUAUUUGGGGAUAUAUUCGAGAUCGUGGCCAAAGACCCGACGUACCCGCUACCCUUUCUCAACAUGCUCGGCCUGGCAGAGGGGAGCAUUCUCAUCAUAUGCGCCUCCGCCCCCACUCUGGGGCCACUCUACCGCAAGGCUAGGGGCAAGUUCACCGACAGGUAUGGAUCUGGCAGCGGCGACUCUCAGGUCGAGAGGAAAAAGCCGAUAUCCUCGGUUUUCAGCAGCGUGGCCGGGGAUGGGGCUGCCGAAGGUCACUCCAACAAGGACUGGAGCCUCUUCAACGAGCUCAAGCUGGACGACCCGGAGCGAGGGAGGCGGGACGCCGUGAGCCCAGACUCGGCAGCCCGCGACAACAGGAUCGAUGCGCACACCAGGCAGAACAGAAGCAUGACGGCCGAGACAACCGACGAUAUUCCCCUCGUACGCAAUGCAGCGGGCAGGAAUAGACGCAGCAGCUCGGCCAUGCUCACACUAGACGAGGCGGGCGCCAAAGACCACCAGCCUAGCCUGGCAAUCCACAAGACCAUCGAGGUCAGCGUCUCGUCCCAAAACCCGGGGGAGGCGCAGGAUCAGCGGGUGGGGGUCGCAUUAUGAUAAUAAUAAAUAAUAAAAAGAGGCGGGAGGUAAACGGAAACCAGCCUCCAUCACAUUCCUUUCACAUCCACUCGCUACUUCAUCUCCUAGCAUCACCCUCAAAAUACCUAUACCUCACUCACCAGGCACGGAACCUUGAGCAUCGAGAUCCGGCCAGCCGGCAGGAACUUGAUCUUUCUUCUUUCGUGAUCUCGUUUAUCCUGUAAAUAAGUGAUAGUCAGAUAGCGGCUACACACAGAUAAUUCUAUUAUUAGUCACUAUAUCACCAGUAUCCUACAGUAUUCCAAGC